CACUCGAGCUUUUACAGUCGAGACUUUAUCACUCUGCCACAGUGGAGAACAUCAGACUCAAAGUUUAUCACGCAUUGAACUGAGCGCGUGUGUAUCUAGUCGGAGACCCUCUGCCCUACUUUAAUUGCCUGAAGCUGCUGCGCUCGGAUGAUGAGGAGGAGGAGGAAUAUCCCACAAUGCCCUCAUCGACGAAGCCGCGGAUGAGUGCAGCUGUUGUAGUAGCGCAGACAGACACACACAUUUCCACAGUCCGCCUAACGUCUGCGUGUGCGUGACCGUGCGUGGAAGCUUUCCGCCUGGCCCGCACAGUCAGACAGACAGACAGACAGACAGAAAGACAGGCAGACAUACAGCUAGAUAGAUAGAUAGAUAGAUAGAUAGAUAGAUAGAUAGAUAGAUAGAUAGAUCCUUUAUUCAUAUCCCAUGAGGGACAUUGCAGGGGACAUUGGAAAGGAUUUUUAAGCGCCGGAGCAGCGAGGGGGGUCCACUCGCUGCCGACCGGAGAAUGAUGGACCCCCUGGCCGACAGACGCGCGUCUCAGGCGGAGCGCUGCAGCAGAGGAGCCGCCGGUGGAGAAUCAGCGGACGAUCAGCCGCGCGGCUGCGGGAGAGACACGGCGAUUGGCGGCAGCGACAGUCUGAGCAGCCUCGUUGACAUGGAAGACUCGCUGGAGGAGAAGUUUAAAGGACUGGCGUUUAGGAAACAGAUCUCAUAUAGGAAAGCCAUCUCACGGUUGGGCCUCCAGCAUUUGGGCCCGUCCCAGAACCCUUUCCCUGACCUGAGCAAUGGACCAGCCAAGGAGAUCUGCACCAGCGUGGACUGGAGUGAGAAUGCAGUGAAUGGAGACCACCUGUGGCUGGAGACAAACUGCUCCGGGGACCUCUGCUACCUGGGCGAGGAGACGUGCGUGGUCAAGAGUGCAGUGAGUAUAACACUGCAAAAAAAGUCUGCUCCCCGGAGGAAGUGUGCAGCCUGUAAGAUUGUUGUCCACACGGCCUGUAUUGAGGAGCUUGACAAGAUCAACUUCCGCUGCAAACCCACCUUUAGAGAAGGCGGCUCACGAUGCCUUAGAGAUAAUGAACCCUUGUUGGCACGUUUACAUGUGACCCGUUGUGUCUGUUUGCGACAGCAGAAUGUAUUACGACAUCACUGGGUUCACCGACGGCGACAGGAGGGGAAGUGUCGUCAUUGCGGCAAAAGUUUUCCGCAGAAGUUCUUUUACAGUAAGGAAAUUGUCGCCAUCAGUUGUUCCUGGUGCAAGCAGGCAUUCCACAACAAGGUGACGUGCUUCAUGCUGCAUCAGAUCGAGGAGCCGUGCUCACUGGGAGCUCACGCCGGGGUCAUCAUCCCUCCCUCCUGGAUCAUCAAAGUCAAGAAACCGCAGAGCUCAAUUAAAAACUCUACUCGAAGGAAAAAGCGGACGUCGUUCAAAAGAAGAACCAGCAAAAAGGGCACAGAUGAAUCAAAAUGGCGCCCAUUCAUGUUGAAGCCACUGCCCUCCCCACUGAUGAAACCAGUGCUGGUGUUUGUCAACCCCAAGAGUGGAGGAAACCAGGGGACUAAGCUGCUGCAGAUGUUCAUGUGGAUUUUGAACCCUCGGCAGGUGUUUGAUCUGUCUCAGGGUGGACCGAGAGAAGCGUUGGAAUUAUACAGGAAAGUGCCAAAUCUUCGCAUCCUUGCCUGUGGAGGAGAUGGAACGGUGGGCUGGAUUCUUUCAGCUUUAGAUGAGCUACAAAUGAAUCCACAACCUCCUGUAGCUGUGCUUCCUCUUGGUACAGGAAAUGACUUGGCCAGGACACUCAACUGGGGCGGGGGUUAUACAGAUGAGCCGGUGUCUAAGAUCUUGUGUCAGGUGGAGGACGGUACCGUUGUUCAGUUGGACCGAUGGAAUCUGCAGUUGGAGGGCUUGUCUGUGCAGCCGGAGGAGGGAACGCAGAAGCUUCCUCUCAACGUGUUCAAUAAUUACUUCAGCCUCGGCUUUGAUGCUCAUGUGACGCUGGAGUUCCACGAGUCGAGAGAAGCCAACCCCGAGAAGUUCAACAGUCGCUUCCGUAACAAGAUGUUCUAUGCAGGGGCUGCUUUCUCUGACUUUCUCCAGCGGAGCUCCAGGGACCUGUCGAAGCACGUCAGAGUGUUGUGCGAUGGCACAGAUCUCACACCCAAGAUUCAAGAGCUGAAGUUCCAGUGCAUCGUCUUCUUGAAUAUUCCCAGGUACUGUGCUGGCACCAUGCCUUGGGGCAACACAGGUGACCACAGAGAUUUCGAACCUCAGAGACAUGACGACGGCUGCAUCGAGGUGAUUGGGUUCACCAUGGCCUCCCUGGCGGCGCUGCAGGUGGGCGGUCACGGUGAACGUCUCCAUCAGUGCAGGGAGGUCGUCCUCACCACCUUCAAGACGCUGCCCGUGCAGGUAGACGGCGAGCCGUGUCGUCUUGCACCCUCUACCCUGCGCAUAUCACUGCGGAACCAGGCCAACAUGGUGCAGAAAAGCAAGAGACGCACAUCUAUGCCUCUGCUGAAUGACAUUCAGAAAGUGUGCGCAGCUGACCUGCGCCGUCUCUCUGCUCCCCCCGACUCCUUCUCUGUCCCACAUGCAGUCCCUGAACGUCUGCGACUGCGUGUGAACCGCAUCUGCCUGCAGGAAUAUGAGAGCAUGCAAUUCGACAAGGAGCGACUGCGUGACAUCUCUACUCCGGUUGGCAUCGUGGUGGUAAGAGGAGACUGCGACCUAGAAACAUGUCGACUCUACAUUGACAGACUGCAGGAGAAUUUGAAUCAAGCGCCCUCUACUGGCCACAGAGUGCAUUACCAGGAUGAGACCACAAGCUUGCCACGGCCUAGUUCGGCACACAGACUUUCCCCCAGCUGGAGUUUCCUGGACUCUACAUCAGCUGACCGCUUUUAUCGCAUAGACAAGGCUCAGGAGCAUCUGCACUUUGUGACUGAAAUUUGCCAGGAUGAGGUUUUUAUCCUGGACCACGAGGCCCCACCUGUGAGCCAGGUGCAAGUACCUGGAAUGCCAGAUGUGGUGGUGGAACCAAGCUCCAGCGUUCCCCUGACUUUAGAGGAACAAGCUCUUUUAUCCGCUGCAACCAAAGGAGAUCUGUCAAUGGUGUCGAGUUCUUGCAGCAGUGGGGUCAGUUUGUUAGUACGGGACUCUGUGGGCUGCACUGCUUUGCACCUGGCUGCUCAACACGGCCACACUGAGCUAGUGAGUUUCAUUCUUGAACACGGUUCAAAGCUGAUGUUGGAUUUAACUGAAAGUGAAACAGGUGAGACGGCACUUCACAGAGCAGCUUCCCAACAACAUCAUGAGGUGUGCAGACGUCUGCUGGAGGCAGGGGCUUCCCUCAACAAAACAAACUUCCUGGGGAAAACUCCUAAGGACUGCGCCCUGGAUGUAGGGAACUCUGAGCUGGCAUCAUUCCUGGAGAGCCAACCGUUAGAUCAGCCCGCUGCACAUGAGGAUCUGGAAACGGCUGUAUGAACGGCUCAUAUGCACCCGGUGGAAGAUUUUUGUACCCGCGCACAGGGGCUGUCGGCACUCCUCCGAGCAUUAGAGUAUGCUCGCUCUCACAGAGAGAAAGAACGAGAGAGCGUGAGGAAGAAAAGAGAAAGGGAGAAACAGAGAAACGGGUGUAUCGAGAACGGCCCAGGCUGUUCCUCUCUUUGAAAAAGACCUCGAUGAACAGGAAGAGUCAAGCUGUUUGUUUUCCACUGAUGUCACUGUGGGUUUAGAAUGUUUUAAAUAGGCUUUGUCCUAGAUAUUAUUUAUUUAUUGCUCUUAUUUAUUAAACUAUUUAUUCAAAGAUGAAUAUGAUUUUAUGGUAAAAAGCCUGUGCAAACAUGGAUCACAAGUUAGACGAGAAGUAUUUAAACAUGCCAGAAAUGAAGGCUUUUGUGAACUUUCAUGCAUCACGUUGUGUGCCAAGGACAAACGGGGAAGAACUAAGAGAUAUUGAAGAGGUUUUGAGUUUAAGGGAGGAACUUGGGGUACACGAGAGCAUGAACGAUGGACAAAAUGAUAUGAUUUGGAAACCCUGAGGCUGUUGAGACUGAAAUCUACAUAAGACUUCACAUAUUCUGAUAUUUUUCAUUUGUUUGUGUGCCGUUACAGUGCGUGAUUGUGAAAAUAUCUUUGGAAACUGAGAAAACAUCUGAGCCAUAUUCAGUGCAAUAUGAAUGGAUGACAUUUGUGCAUUUAUCUAUUUAAUAUUACAUUACAUUAAUGUUUCAAGGAAUCACGAAAGUGUGCAGUUUUCCCACUGAUGGCAGCUGAUUGGUUUUUCUCCUUUGGCUCGUAUGAAAUGCUAAGUUGCAGAUCAUGAAAAGGUCGUACAGUAUGUGUUUAGAAAGAAUUCACCAAAUGAAGGCAAGAAAAACUCUUUGGACAGUGACAACUGAUAAAGUGAUAUUCCUGACACUUGUGUUCACAUAGUCUUGUAUCACAUCAUCAGAAAUAACCACAGAUGUGUCUGCAUGAAAAUGGCUGUCCAUAAGACCACACUGAGCCUUUGAUAGAUGGAUUUACAUAUGAGUGAUCUGCUGUGAUAUCUCGUAUCAUCAGUUGAGAUUUUAAAGCAUUAUUGUGCAUGGGAUUUGGUUACCUCUCUUGGUAAUUAUGUAAUGAAAUGGCAUUAUUUCUCUUUUUAUUUAAAGUUAUGGAAUAUAUAAAUGGUUCAGUGGUUGUAUUUUGCUUUAUCUUUUAAAAGAUGGGACUACUUGAUUGUUUUUAUUUUCUCAUUUCUAAAUAUCUAUUUAAAUGUAUGAGAUCACACUAUUUGAGCAGACUUUGUGGACAUAUUUUACAUACUGUAGAACUGUCACAAAUCACGUCACUCGAUUUGUGGGAAUGCUGUCUCAUUAAAGGUCUGUUAGAUGGAAAGUA